GUGACUGACAGAUAAGGUCCUGCUCGGAAUCCUCCUCCAUCACCACCACCGCACUGCCCUCGUUGCCUACCAAGCUCCAUGCUUGUGUCCAUUUCCGUUUCCCUUUCUUCUUCUCACUGCUGCCCUUCUUUCCUCGUCUUUCUCCCUUAGAACCGCCUACUGUAUUUGCCUAUGGCUUCUGCUGCCUGUUCUUCUACCUGCAUUCCUCGCCCUGAGCUCUUGGGACGCUCUCAGUCCCUGUACAAUGGGAAGCCGCAUUUGAAACCCUGUAUUGAUGUCAGGGUUCUUGAUAUUUCUUCUUGUGGUGCUCCAAGGUCUCAGCAAAUAUUUCCCGGGAAAAAUGCAUUAAGACUAACUUCCAUAAAAGACAAAGGAUUGAGUUCUGUGUGGAAGCAUUGCUUUCAAAUACCAAAGAAAUCAUACUUGAAAGGAUGUUUUGAUGAAAUGCAACAUACAUUCCUUACUAAAGCAGUUGCUACAAUGGAACCAAACUGUUCCAGUCAAACUGAAAAUGGCUGCAGAUAUGGCUCCAAUCCAGAGUUGGGUUCUGAUUCAAAUCCUCAAGUUUUUCAAAGUUCAAUUGAUGUAUCUAUUGAAAUGGAUGACAGAGAAAAGUUGAGAAGAAUGAGAAUUUCAAAAGCUAAUAAGGGAAAUGUACCAUGGAACAAGGGACGGAAACACAGUGAGGAAACCCUUAGAAAGAUCCGGGAGAGAACUAGAAUUGCAAUGCAGGACCCCAAGGUCAGAAUGAAGUUAGUCAACUUGGGACAUGCCCAGAGUGAGGAAACACGAAUUAAAAUUGGAGUUGGAGUGAGGGAGGGUUGGCAACGACGACGACAAAAACAAAUGGUGCAGGAGAGCUGCUUGUUUGAGUGGCAGAACUUGAUUGCACAAACAUCUCGAAAGGGAUAUUAUGGUGAAGAUGAGUUACAGUGGGAUUCAUAUGAGCUCCUUGAUGAAAAGUUGAAACAGGAGUGGUUGGAGAGCAUUGAGAUGAGAAAAAGCAUGCCAAGGCCUAAAGGCAGCAAAAGGGCACCCAAAUCUGCAGAUCAGCGGAGGAAGAUUUCAGAGGCCAUCUCUGCAAAAUGGGCAGAUCCUGAAUAUCGUGCACGAGUUUGUGCUGCGCUGUCCAAGUAUCAUGGCACUACUUCUGGCGUUGAAAGAAAACGCAGAAGUAAGCCGAGUGGUGAGUCUGUGAAGAGGGAGCCGUUGAGGAUGAGAACUUCAAAAUCUAAAGAAAGCAAGUAUGAGGCAAAGAUUGUUAAGAAGACAACUAGGACGAGAAAUGCAACCCCAUCCUAUAGAGACCCAUUGGCCAGUUCUAAGUUAGAGAUGAUUAAGAAUAUCAAAGCACAAAGGGAAGCAAUGGAGAACAAAAAACGAGAAGCCACUGAGAGGGCGAAGUUACUGAUUGCUGAGGCUGAGAAGGCUGCUAAAGCUUUGGAGAUCGCCGCACUGAAAAGUCCUCUUGCACAAGCUUCGCUUUUGGAAACCAGGAAGUUGAUUGCCGAAGCCACAAAAUCCAUUCAAAGUAUUGAGAAUGGAAAGAUGAUAUUGCUGGAGAAGGCAGAGGAUGUAUCGAUCUCUGCAGGAGGAUUAGUGAACAAUUCUCAGCUCAGUUCUGGGCUCUCAAACAAUGACGACUUUUCAGUUGAGCAUGUAGUAAAUGGGAAUCCCAUCAAGAUGUCAAACGGACGCUUCAUUGUCGGCUCUCAGAGUGAGCGAAGUGAUGGUGAUCCGCGGAAAUAUGAAAUUGAAAAUGCAGAGUAUUCUUCUAUAGCUAAACCACAAUUUUCCUCACAUGAUGUGCAGAAAUUUCAUUCAGCUGAUCUACUGGCCAAUGCAUUCAAGUUGAAUGGCUCUAUGAGAUAUGAGAACCUGACAUCUGACAGUGAUGAGGAAACAGCCUCAGAUGUGAAUUCAGGUGAAACUAUAUCGGCAUCUGCAACAACCAAAACUAAGAAGUGGGUAUGUGGGAGACUAGUUGAAGUAGAAGAGAAUCAAACAACUAUCGGAGAGCAUGACUUUUUGGAGGCAUGACAGGUUACCAAUAAGCUCUCAAAUGUCAUGAUCUGUUUUUCUAGUUUGUCAUGGAUGAGGUCUAUUGAAGGUUAUGCUUUGAUCUUCAAUAUUUGUCUAAAAAUCUAUUGAUCUUUGUAAUAUAUUGCCAGUAGCCAGGCACUAGGUAGAAUUCAUGGUAGACUGAUGAAAUCUGCAAAAGCUUGUACUCCCAAAGUUGUAGGCAUCCAUCCUCUCGGACAAUUGUCCAUGUUUUGAGUUUGAGUUGAAAGCUUCACUUUUGAAACUGCUACUUGUCACCUUUUCUAAAUAGGUCAUUCACAUAUA